GGGGUUCUGCCUUCAUUCUCCGCUCUUUUCCUGCAGCUCUGCUUGUAGUCAAAACCUUUCUUCACCUUUCUCUCUCUGAACAAAGUCAUCAUGAGUCGUAUAUCCUAUCGAGCAUCCACUGGAGGAGGAAGCAGAGGCUUCACCUCUGGCUCUGCAAUUGUUGGUGGCGGCGGCGGUGGUGGUGGUGGGAGAUCAAGUUUUAGCUCCUACUCUGUGUCUCGGGUUGGAGGAGGAAGAGCUGGAGGUGGUGGUGGUGGCUAUGGGCUCGGCGGUGGAUUUGGUAGCCGAAGUCUCUACAACAUUGGUGGAAACAAGCGGAUCUCCUAUAGUACCAUUGGUGGAGGUUACCGAUCUGGCUUUGGUGGUGGUGGAGGAUUUGGUGCUGGUGGUGGAGGAUAUGGUGCUGGUGGUGGAGGAUAUGGUGCUGGUGGUGGAGCAGGAGGUUUUGGGUUUGGUGUUGGCCUUGGUGGUGGCGGCGGCGGCUUGGGUUUUGGUGGGCCUGGGUAUGGAGGACCUGGUGCUGGCUUUGUGGUAGGUGGUCCAGGUUUUAGUGGAAGAGGUGGCCCUGGAUUUCCAGUUUGCCCUCCUGGUGGGAUACAGGAGGUGACCAUCAAUCAGCACCUCCUACAACCCCUGAAGCUUGAAAUUGAUCCAGAAAUCCAAAGAGUGCGCACAAAUGAAAGGGAACAGAUCAAGACUCUCAACAAUAAAUUUGCCUCUUUUAUUGACAAGGUCCGGUUCUUGGAACAGCAAAACAAAGUCCUUGAAACCAAAUGGGAUCUUUUACAACAGCAGGGGACAACUUGUCAACAAAGCACUAUGGAGCCCCUGUUUGAUGUAUACAUCACAAACCUCCGGAGGCAGCUCGAGGCUCUGACAAAUGAACGGGGAAGGCUGGAUUCAGAACUGAGGAACAUGCAAGAUAUGGUUGAAGACUAUAAGAACAAAUAUGAAGAUGAAAUCAACAAGCGUACAGGUUCAGAAAAUGAAUUUGUGGUGCUUAAGAAGGAUGUUGAUGGUGCCUAUAUGAACAAGAUUGAACUGGCUGGCAAAUUUGAAUCCCUGAAUGAUGAAAUUGAGUUCCUGAAAGCAAUGUAUGAUGCGGAACUAUCACAGAUGCAGCAACACGUAUCUGAUACUUCUGUUGUGUUGUCUAUGGACAACAACAGAUGCCUGGACUUGAACAGCAUCAUUGCAGAAGUCAAGGCACAAUAUGAAGACAUUGCCCAGAGGAGCCGAACCGAAGCUGAAUCAUGGUAUCAAACCAAGUAUGAAGAGCUACAGGUCUCUGCUGGGCGUCAUGGUGAUGACCUGCGCAACACAAAGACAGAAAUUUCUGAGCUCAACCGGAUGAUCCAGAGGUUGCGUAGUGAAAUAGAUUCCUUUAAGAAACAGUGUGCCAAUCUUCAGGCAGCUAUUGCUGAGGCUGAGGAUCGUGGGGAGAUGGCCCUCAAGGAUGCCAAGCAUAAACUGAGUGAAUUGGAGGAAGCCCUGCAGAGAACAAAGCAGGACCUUGCUCGGCAACUCAAGGAAUACCAGGAGCUGAUGAACGUCAAACUGGCCCUGGAUAUUGAAAUUGCCACCUACAAGAAGCUGCUGGAAGGAGAGGAAAUCAGGUUGGCAGAAGGUGUUGGAAAUGUGGGCUACACUGUGGUCAGCAGCAGCACCAGCACUGGCUAUGGAGGAAGUGGCCUUGCUUUGGGAGGCGGCGGCGGCGGCGGACAUGGUUUUGGAGGAGGAUUUGGAGGAGGAUCUGGCGGAGGAUAUGGAGGAGGAUCCGGAUAUGGACUCGGAGGCGGUGGCAGCAGCUAUUCCAUUGGUGGUGGCAGCGGCUUUGGUGGUGGGAGCGGGUUUGGCUCUGGGGUCAGUCUGGGGGGUGGUAGUGGCUACAGUUCUGGAGGGGGGCGCGUCUCAAGUGGAGGAGGAGGAGGAAGCUCUAGUGUGAAAAUUGUAUCUAAGACCACUUCAACUAAGAAAAUGGCCUAUUAAAAGUCGUCCUGUCCUGAGUGUCUGUUGGUAUGGCAAUUUCCCAGUAGAAGUACUUCAACCCAUGGUGUAAAUAACUCAGCAAAGCUUUUUCCCUCUGAUACUUUUCACCUUUUCCACAUGCAUUUGGCUGCAACCUGGAUCCAGAUGUUUGUAACCAGCUCCAACACUGCUGACCCAGUCCACGGCUCAUCCUUCCACUUGCAGAAAAAGAUAUUUCUGUAGGUGAAUCAGGUGUAGCAAGUGGAUCUUAGCUUGAUACGCAGAGGGGUAAAUCCACAUUGUCAAGUGAACUAUAUGUUGACCUCUUAGAAGAAAAGUCUACUUUAAGCAACAGAAAUUCUCUCUGUAUGUCACUGGGAAUAGAGUAGGCCUAUGAGUAUAUGAAAUAGGGUCUGAUACAUAAUAUGAUAUAAAUUCACAAAAGUAUUUUGUUAGAAAGGAAUGCCAGUGUAUUGUUUUGAUUACCUCCAGAGUCACACCAGGCAUUCUGUAAUGAAAUCAUGGGAUUUGCCUAUUUCAACAAACUCACGUGCCACUCAUAGGAACCUAGAUCUGUAAUGAAGGACAAAUUGUCUAUUAGAAAGUGUAAUCUGUUUCUAUUAGUGUAAUCUGUUUUUGAGACCCAGCUAAAGGCUACAUGAUUGGUUCAACUUAUCAACAACCUGUUUUCACUCAAGAGAGGGUCUAGCUUGUCUGUUCUCCUAGUUUGUGCAACAACAAGAAACCCACAAUCCAUUUAGCACAGUAUCAAUUUUAAAUGUGUAUUUGGUUCCUUUUCCUGCCAAUGGGAUUUCAUAAUGCACGUAAUAUUCUCUGCUUUCAGUAGUACACUUGGAUAGACAACUAUAGUAAAUGUGAUGGAGGAUUUGGGUUGGCAAGCAGAUUGCAUGGAUUUGGUUCACUCCGAACAUGCUUCUGAAGAUCUUUUCACCUGUUUGAACAUGUUCUUUGUAAUUUCAAACAAGAGACAGUUACAACGUUAAUGAACCAUGAAAGUACCAGGUCUUGCCAAAAGAAAACAAUUUGGAGACAUCUGUGAUAAGAUCUGUUCCCACCCUGUGUUCCAACACGCUCCAGUCCCUGUUUUUUUUUUAACUACAAAACACCUUUGAUUCUUGUCUUUGAAGUGUAAGCACCAUUGGAAAAGGUGAUUGCUUCUGCUGUUGCUAUUUUGUGAACUGUAACACUGAAUUCUAUUGCUUGAUUCUAAUGGCUAAGGCUGCAUGACAAAUAAAGAGCAACUGUCAUUUUUAAA